AUGGGCAAACCUAAUCUCAUAUCCUGUCUGGAAGAAGAGGAAGAGCUAUUUCUCCUGGGCUCUGAAGAAGAGGAGGACCUGGAAGGAGAAGCUCUGUGGGAAUCAGCAAAUGAAACAAAGGAACACCCAGUGAUGAAGAAAGAGGAUGCAUAUGCAGAUGAGAAAGAGAAGUCUGAAUAUUUGGAUGCACUGAGGAAGGAGGAGGGAAAGCGCCCACCUAAAGGGAGGAAUAAAUCCAGUCUUUUCCAGGGCAGUAACUCUGAACUGCCAAACAUAUACCAAGGAGACAAGAGGAAAGAGCCCACUGGAAGCAGUGAAAAAAUCCCUGAAAAAUCAGUUAUUAAUAUGCAAUGGAACAUCUCUAACAGAAAGAAACUACAUAAACGUGUGGAGUUUGGAACAAGCUUUGGACGGAAGGAUUGCCUUACAUCCCGUCAAAGAAUUCACAGAGGCAAAAACCCAUAUAAAUGCCUGGAGUGUGGAAAAACCUUCCGUCUAAGUGCCCACCUUAGAUCCCAUCAAAGAAUUCACACAGGGGAGAAACCACAUAAAUGCCUGGAGUGUGGAAAAAGCUUCAGUCGGAGUCGAAGCCUUACUUCUCAUCAAAGGAUUCACACAGGGGAGAAACCAUAUAAAUGCCAGGAGUGUGGGAAAGGCUUCAGAAUGAGUCGAAGCCUUACUUGUCAUCAAAGGAUUCACACGGGGGAGAAACCCUAUAAAUGCCUGGAGUGUGGGGAAAGUUUCAGAUGGAGUAUUCAGUUUACUUCCCACCAAAGGAUUCACACAGGGAAGGAACCAUAUAAAUGCCUGGAGUGUGGGAAAUGUUUCAGUGUGUAUGGAAGCCUUACUUCCCACCAAAGGAUUCACACAGGGGAGAAACCAUAUAAAUGCCUGGAGUGUGGAAAAACCUUCCGUCUAAGUGCCCAACUUAGAUCCCAUCAAAGUAUUCACACAGGGGAGAAACCACAUAAAUGCCUGGAGUGUGGAAAAAGCUUCAGUCGAAGGCGAAGCCUUACUUCUCAUCAAAGGAUUCACACUGGGGAGAAACCCUAUAAAUGCCUGGAGUGUGGAAAAAGCUUCAGUCGGAGUCGAAGCCUUAUUUCUCAUCAAAGAAUUCACACAGGAGAGAAACCAUAUAAAUGCGUGGAGUGUGGGAAAAGUUUCAGAUGGAAUAAUCACCUUACGUCUCAUCAAAGGAUUCACACAGGGGAGAAACCAUAUCAAUGCCUGGAGUGUGGAAAAACCUUCCGUCUAAGUGCCCACCUUAGAUCCCAUCAAAGAAUUCACACAGGGGAGAAACCACAUAAAUGCCUGGAGUGUGGAAAAAGCUUCAGUCGGAGUCGAAGCCUUACUUCUCAUCAAAGGAUUCACACAGGGGAGAAACCAUAUAAAUGCCAGGAGUGUGGGAAAGGCUUCAGAAUGAGUCGAAGCCUUAUUUCUCAUCAAAGGAUUCACACGGGGGAGAAACCAUAUAAAUGCCUGGAGUGUGGGGAAAGUUUCAGAUGGAGUAUUCAUACCCACCUUAGAUCCCAUCAAAGAGUUCAUACAGGGGAGAAACCAUAUAAAUGCCUGGAGUGUGGAAAAAGCUUCAGUGAGGGUAGAGGUCUUACUUCCCAUCAAAGAAUUCACACAGGAGAGAAACCCUAUAAAUGCCUGGAGUGUGGGGAAAGUUUCAGAUGGAGUUUUCAGUUUAAUUCCCACCAAAGAAUUCACACAGGGGCGGAACCAUAUAAAUGCCUGGAGUGUGGGAAAAGUUUCAUGUUUUGUCGAAGCCUUACUUAUCACCAAAAGAUUCACACAGGGGAGAAACCAUAUCAAUGCCUGGAAUGUGGGAAAACCUUCCGUGACAGUAGCCACCUUAGAUCCCAUCAAAGAGUUCAUACAGGGGAGAAACCAUAUAAAUGCCUGGAGUGUGGAAAAAGCUUCAGUCAGGGUAAAAGUCUUACUUCCCAUCAAAGAAUUCACACGGGGGAGAAACCAUAUAAGUGCCUGCAGUGUGAGGAAACCUUCCGUGACAGUAGCCACCUUAGGUGCCAUCGAAGAAUUCACACAGGGGAGAAAAAGCUUCAGGAAUCGUAG